AUGUAUUCAGGGAAAAUUGAAGGAAAAUUCCAAGGAAAGAACAUCAGACACAAUGGCCUCAGGGAUGACAAUGCAGAUCCCAGCUCUUGGUUGUCUGUAUCUGGGGACUGCUGCAGAGAUACCUCUAUCCCUGGCAUCACUUUAUGGGACAAGGAGACCCUUGAGAGAAAUGUGACCAUAGAAGAGCAAUGCAAGACUGACUUUGACAUCCUCACCUCUGAUUCUAUUGAUGAAAAGACCAAGGCCAUGAAUAUCUCUGCAGAGCUGAAAGCAAGUGUCUUGGGGGGCCUGGUUAAAAUAGGAGGUUCUGCCAAAUAUUUAUGUGACACCAAGACAUCCCAACGGCAAGCUCGGGUCACUCUCAAGUACAGUAUGACUACCCAGUAUUCCCACCUCACCAUGAACCACCUGGGGUAUCAGAAUAUUGCUUACCAUGAUGUGUUUGAUAAAGGGACAGCCACCCACGUGGUCACAGCUGUGCUCUAUGGGGCCCAGGCUUUCUUUGUGUUUGAUCAGAAAGUUUCCACCAAUGAAAACGUUAAGGAUAUAGAAGGCACCUUGAAGAAUAAAGUAAAGAAGAUUCCCCAAGUAUCAGGAAAAGCAGGGGGAAAGAUGAAAAUGGAGCACAGUAAGAAAAAAUCAACCAAGGAAUUUAGGUGUAAGUUUUAUGGGGAUUUUGUUCUUCAGACCAAUCUGAUGACUUAUAAAGAUGCAGUAGAAGCGUAUGCCUCCCUUCCUAAGCUGCUUAGGGGCCGAGGGGUGCCCCUCCAAGUCUGGCUGUACCCUCUGGAGAAGCUGAGCUCCAAGGCUGCCAGGCUGGCUAGAGGAAUCAGCAUUAGCUUGGUAUGCAAUGCCCAGGACACUCUGGAGAAGUUAUCUGAGUGUGACAAGAGGUGUAAUGACAUGCUGGAGGCACCAGAGCUCUCAGUCUUUCCUGCAAUCAUGGAAAAGGUCAGCUUAUUCCAAGAGCUAAAUAAGCAGCACAGACAGCUUUUACAGAAGGACAUAGCCAAGGCCUUACCCCUGAUCAGGACAGGCAGAGCAGAGGAGGAUGAGCUGACCAGUAUUUUAAUUAGGGAGAGCCAGUCCCCAUUCAGCACUAACAGGCUCUCACAGUUCCUGGAUCAGAAGCUCCAGGAGAUGAAGGUGCUAAAGUCCUACCUCACCCUUCUGAAGGAGGUGCCAGUGAUAGCCAACCAGAAUGAGGUGGGCGAUGUGGUAAUAGGCUCUCCCCAUAGAUUUGUCCUGGUGUUUGCACUCACCUCCUUGCAAGAGGAGCCCUACUUAGCAGACUGGAAACAGUGGCUGUGGAAUCCAGCAUCAUUCAGUCCUGACUGUGAGCAAAAGACAUAUUCCUCAUGGGUCAAGGACAGAGAGACAAGGAGAAAAGAAAGACAAUUGGCAGAAUCCUUUUCAACCUUUGCCAAGGCCAAUCAUUCCACUGAGAAGACUCACUUCAUUGUGGCAUCUGUCCCAGACCAGGAGAACAAGGGGGUCUCCAUUUACCUCUAUGAAAAGGGACUGCAGGUCAGCACCAACUUUGAGCUACCAGUCAAACCUCCCCCUCCCCAGAUUGGUGAGGUCACACAUGACUGUGUAGAGCUCACUGUGACCUCAGCAUCUAGGCAGGAGGAGAGGAUCACUGGCUAUCAGGUUGAGUACCAGGUUGUAGGGCAAGAGGACUGGACCACCAUCCCUGUGUCUGGAAAGCCAGAGGUAUUCAAAGUGAGGGGCCUACAGCCUAGCACAGAGUAUCUCUUCCGGUUUGCUGAGGUGUGAGAGCCAGGGCUGAGUGAGAGCAGUGACGUGAGCCUCGCUGUGAGGACACUUCCCCUGACCUGGCCUCCUGGGAAGCCAGAAGCUGUUGUGGUGGGACCACAGUCUGUGACCCUGCACUGGGACGGUCCAAGGGUUGUUGGAGCAGGAGUCAAGAUCAAGGACUAUAGAAUAGAGUACAGAGAAGAGAGUGAGGCUGUGGGUGAGGAGGGGGAAGGAGAAUGGCACGAACAGAGAACAAGAAAUGAGGGGACAUACUGUGACGUCGAUGGACUGACCCCUCAGACUGU